AUGAUCGUGGAGUCCUGCCACAAGCAGUCACUUUAUGGAGGAGUGCAGCUGACCAUGGCACUGUGGGCGGCAUCCUCCGAACAGUUCAUGGCAGACCUUUCUCGGACGCGAGUCACUCCUGCGAGGCCAUUCCAGUUUGCAGGAGUGGACUACGCCGGCCCAGUUUACCUCAGGACAUCGCCAGGACGAGGCCACAGGGCAACCAAGACCUUCUUGGCGAUUUUCGUGUGUCUGAGCACGAAGGCGGUGCACUUGGAUGUGGCCUCGAACUAUUCGGCAGAGGCGUUCAUAGCGGCCUUCAGACGGUUCGUGUCCCGCAGGGGCCUGUGCUCGGAGCUCUUCAGCGACUGCGGCUCCAACUUCGUGGGUGCAGACAAAGACGCAGACUGUUCGCAGCAAGCAGCAAGGAGGGCUAGUUCAUCGCAGCGGAAAUGGCCAACAGUAGGGUGCAGUGGAGGUUUAACCCCUCCUGCAAUUCCGCACUUCGGGGGCCUGUGGGAAGCAGCGGUUAAGGCCACAAAACAUCACAUGCUGAGAAUACUGGGAAACACACUCACCUAUGAGGAGAUGGCCACGUUGCUUUUCACAGAUUGA